AUGAGUCACCGGCAGCAGCCGCAGCCGCCGGCGAACCAAGGCUCGGCGCGGAAGGACCCGCCGCUGGGCGCUGCGCUGCGAAAGACCCGAGCGCCGAGCCGCAAGGCCGAGAACGCGCCUCCGACAGCAUUGAGCCGCAAGCCCGACAGCACCGUCCGCGUCAUCGUGCGCACGCGGCCGCUCAACGCCGCCGAAGCCGCGCGGGGCGAAGCGCCUGUUUUGCGCUUCUCGUCCAACAACCGGACAGAGCUGCAGGUCGUCUCGGCCGGCGCUGGCGGUCGCGAGCUCGUGCGCAGCUUCCAGUUUGACGUGUGCGCGUCCGAAGAGGUCGGCCAGUCCGAGUUUUUCGAGCUCUCGGGCGUCACAGCGCUUCUGGACUCGGCGCUCGAGGGGUACCUUGCGACCGUCUUUGCGUAUGGCCAGACAGGGUCGGGCAAGACCUACAGCAUGUCGGGCCUCGACGAGAAGAUCGAGAAGCGCGACCGGCGGCACGAGGCGUCGGACGGUCUCAUUCCGCGCUCGAUCCGGUACCUCUACGACGCGAUCGAGGCUCAGUCCAGUACCAAGUACACGCUCAAGGCCUCGUACUGCGAGAUCUACAACGAACAAGCCUACGACUUGCUCAACCCGGCCUCGGGCACGCUCAACAUUCGCUGGAACGACCGCAACGGCUUUUACGUGCAGAACCUACUCGUCGUGCAAUGCGACACGAUCGACGAUGUCGUCGCGGUCGUCGACGAAGGCCACAAAAACCGCCGCGUCGGGAGCCACGAGAUGAACAAGGAUUCGAGUCGAAGUCACUCGAUCCUGACGCUGCUCUUGGACCAAGAGGCCGUCGACCCGACCGACGGCCACGCGGUCGGCAAGUUUGGAAAAAUUUCGUUUGUCGAUCUCGCGGGCAGUGAGCGGCUCCGAGACACCAAGUCGUCCAAGACGGAGGAGACGUCGAGCAUCAACAAGAGCCUCAUGACGUUAGGCAAGGUCAUAUCGGCGCUGGGCGCCAAAGGCGGCGUCGCAGCCAACGCCAACUUUGUGCCGUACCGCGACAGCAAGCUCACCAAGCUGCUCAUGGACUCGCUCGGCGGCCAGAGUCUCACGCUCAUGGUGGCGUGCGUCUCGCCUGCGCCGUGCUUCCUCGAAGACACGCUAAGCACACUCAACUACGCGACGCGCGCCAAGAACAUUCAAAACAAGCCGACCGUGCAAACCGACCCGAAGGAGGGUCUCAUCUCGGGCCUGCGCCACGAGAACCAGCUCUUGCGCACAGAAAACGCCUUCUUAAAGCAGCAGCUGCACACGCACGGCAUCACGAGCAGCGCCAAGCACGAAAAAGAGAUGGGAGCCAAAGCGCCACGACAGAUCCCACCGCUAGCCUCCAAGCCAUCGCUCCAUAUUGAGGCGAACGCGCCCGAGUCGGACGCGCUCGGCGGCGUCGUCGCAGCGUACCAGAGCCAACUCAUUUACCUCCAACAGGAGAAUGCACAGCUGCACGCCAACCAAGGCUACGCAGAGCACCGCCUUGGCAAUCUCACGCGCGAGAACGAAGCACUUCAAGAGACAUUAGAAAAGUACCAGCAAGCCAAGCCGACGUCCCUUGCGGCCCAAGCAACAAUCGACCGCUUGACGCAGGAAAAUGCGCGGCUCAAGGCGCAGCUGCAGUCGCAGCAACAAAGCUCUGGCGAUGAAGAUAUUUUGACCCAAGUGCGCCAGAUGAACCAGCGACUCGAGCACCUCCAGCAGCGCGAACAAGAACUCAUGCUCGCUCUGGCUAGGAAGAACCGGUCGCGCGAUGCUAUUUAAUGCCUACAACUUCCAUGCAGCCAUUGCGUCAACAAACACUAAUCAAGCAUUUCGACGUUAAUGUUGUCGUUCAACCUAACAAUUCUAGUCUUCACCGC